GAUUAAUAUCUAAUACUCGUAUACUUUUGGGUUUAUUACGCAAAACAUCGAACUUUAAACCGAGUGACCUUUGUGAUAAUAUUUUCAUCGGCUCCAAACAUUCUAAGAACUGAUUCCUGGUAUUAAAAUAAAACGGUGUUAGUGAUAACCUUUAUGUCAGUCAAGCUCUAUCCCUAGUGGGCAUGUCAUCAUGUGAGCCAGCCAAGAUCAUCGGCUCCUGUCCCCCAACCAUCCCAGUGGACAUUUGUGACGCAACCUGUGGACCUGAGUCUCCGUGCACGAAACCUAAGCAGUUGUGUUGCCCCACUGCUUGUGGGGGAGCCAUGUGUGUGGACGCUGUGACACAGAGGCAUUUUGUGGAUGCAGUGAAGCCAGGUCUUUGCCCGGAGCAGCCGCGAGGAGCGUGGGUGUGCAGUGACAUGUGCACCACUGACUCCGACUGCCCGCGGACCCUCAAGUGCUGCCCCAACCGAUGUGGAGCGUACAUGUGUCAGAAACCCGAUGUGGACCCAGCACAACCAACUGAUUAGAAUAGUAAAAUCUAUUUAAAUAA